ACUAAGAAGCAGAAUAAUGAGCCCUAAGCUACAUGAAUUUGCAGUAGUACUCAAACGUGAUGGUCAAAAUACACCCUGGGGUAUACGUCUAGUCGGUGGCAAUGAUCUGGAUACACCAUUGAUAAUAACACGGGUUCAGGUUGGCAGCCCCGCUUUCGGUGAAGUGCUACGUGGCGAUAUAAUUGCUAAAAUUGGAGAAUAUGAUGCCAGAGAUGUUAGCCAUGCCGAUGCUCAGAUGUUAUUCCGUACAGCUGGUAAUGAAAUAAGUUUGGUUGUGCACAGGGACAGUAAAAUUGCUUACACUCAGGGUUUAAGUGCUGAUAAUUCGAGACCAAAUUCCUCAUUACUUUCUACCAGUCCAGAUUCAAAUCAACCCCAUAGAGCCCCCUCACCUUUUCUACCCGGCCCCGGACAAUAUGAACAUGCUUUGUCGGAACCCAUCAAUACGCUGCCACAAACAGUAUUCCCCAAAUUGAAUCCAUCCGGUGGUUAUGUACCACCGUCUAGCACUUUUACACCAAUGCCAACACGGGAUCAUCAACAGGAUGUGGCUGAGGAACAGGCAACCAUUGUGAAUCAAGUGAGUUUCUAAAUGCUUACCAACAACAACA